CUCUUGUUGUUAUGGCAUUUAUUAAUUCGUAAACAGAAUCCUGUUUCAUUUAUUGUUCCAAGAACCAAAUCUUUUUGUUUUGUCAAUAUUAUCCAUUUCAGAAAUGUUCAGCGGUCAACAUAAUGCUCGUGAUGAUGAUGAUGAUGAUGAUUCAUUAGGUGUGAUUCAUUAUUUUGGUCUUUCACAAGACGAAUGUCUUUGCGGUUAUUGUAAAUCGAACCGAAAUCCUGAAUCCACUUACGGCCUUUGGGCUCAUUAUCUUCCGCCAAGAGUUUAUAAAGGAUUGAUUGAUCGUAAUUGGAGAAGAUGCGGAAAAUAUGUUUACAAACCUAUUAAUAAUGCAUUAUGCUGUCCGAUGUAUACAAUACGAUGUGAUGCAACAGAUUUUAAAUUGACUAAAUCUCAGAAAAAGACUAUAAAAAAAUUCAACAAUUAUAUAGGUAAUGAUAUUAAGCCAACUAAUGGCAAAAGUAAAAAUUUAAUAGAACCAAUGGGCCUUGAAUCCGAAAGAUUGGAUAGUAUCAAUACACAGAUAUCAACCAAAAAAGAUAUCAAUAUGAAAUGUAUUGGUAAAAAUGAUAAUGAUGAUGAACGUGAUGAAAAAGCAAUGAUCAAAACCGAAGAAGUGAAUACUACUGAGGGUUCUAGUGAUGUAAAAGAGAAAAAAUCUAUAGAUUUUAAUAAAGUGAAAUCUGAAAUAAAGGUGACCAAAAAGAAAUACAUACGACGACAAAAAUUGAUUGAAAAAAUAAAGAAACGAGAAAAUUGUUCGGAAGAACGUGCAAAACAGCUAUUAUGGGAAAAAAGCUGUCAAAAGCAGAAAACAAAAACAUUAGAAGAUUAUCUUUCCGAAAUUGAAAAUUUUGCUACCCCAAAACAUACAUUCAAGACAAGAAUCAUUCGUGUUAAAUCCAAAACGGAUGAAAAUGAUCGUACCGAUUAUGAAGUUUUUAAAAAAUAUCAGAUGAAGAUACACAAAGAAAAAGAAAAUAAAAUAAGCUAUCGAAGUUAUGCUCGCUUCCUUAUUGAUUCCCCGCUUGAUUAUAUAUUGAUUAAACGAAACUUUACCAAUGAUCAUGACUUACCACGAUUCUAUGGAGCAUAUCAUCAACAUUAUUAUAUUGAUGAUAAGCUUGUAGCUGUCGGUGUCAUCGAUAUAUUACCUGGUUGUAUUUCCUCUGUCUAUCUUUACUAUGAUCCGGAAUACAGUUUUCUUAAUCUUGGAGUGUAUUCAGCUUUAAAUGAGAUUGCAAUGGUUCGAAAAUUUUCAAAAAUUUUGCCGGAUUUGAAAUAUUAUUACAUGGGUUAUUAUAUUCAUCAAUGUCCAAAAAUGCGUUACAAAGCCAAAUAUUUACCAUCUGAUUUACUAUGUUCGGAAACUUAUCGUUGGUUCAGCAUUGAAUCUUGUCUAAAAAAAUUAGAACAAAAUAAAUAUGCACGUUUUUGUGAUGAUCCAACCGUACAGGAUGAUGAUUGCAGUUCAAUCGAUGACUGUGAUAUUAAAGUUUUUUUCAAAAAUAUGGUCUUGAAUUAUCGCGAUUAUAAACGAUUGACUAAAAAUAAUGAUCAUGAACAAAAGGAAAAAAUCAAUGAAUAUAUUCGUCUAGUUGGACAUAAAUGUUCAUUAUCAUUACUUUAUUUUAUUGGAUCGGAUUAGAAUUUAUAAGAUAUUUAAAUAGGAAUGUCUUUUUUUAAAAAUAAGAUUUUUGUGAC